AUGUGUGGGCGAGGGCCUGGGUCAGGACGCAGACUGCCCUGGGAUGGGGCAGACCGUCUGGACUCGCCUCCCACCACUCUGCCCGCUGCACCCCUCCCCGCUGGGCUGGGAGCAGGGAUCCCCCAGGCUCUGGGAUCCAGCGAGAUGGCACUUGUCUCUGCUUCCGGGGACCGCGUGCAGGGAGUGGGGGCCGGAUCUGAGCUGAACCUUUUGGAUGGAGGAGUGGAGCCCUGUGGAGGUGGUUGCAGCCCUGCAGGCCAGCCCCCGGGUCCGCCCUGGAAGCCCCACGGAGCCCGCCCAUUGGGUCAGCCUGCAGGAGCCAGCAAGAUCCCCGAGCACUUCUCACUUUCCAGCUUUUCACCAAGUACCUGCCCCUUUCAGCAGAAAGGGGGCCAAGGGUCAGGGUGGUUCUGA